AUGGCGGUCGCCUCGCGCAGAGCUGCACCAGACGCACCAACUCUAACUGCCCAUGGUGGCUACUCCAGCAGUACCGGGCAACUCGCCUCCAAGACAUCGACACCAUCUCUUCCUCACGUACAGUUUGCGUCAGCGGGCAAGGAUGGUGCUGGUGCGAUUAGCUCAGCGUCCGCUAGGAGCUUGAAGAUCGGGGGUGGGUCGAGCCAACUUCCAGCCUCAGCCGCCGAAGAACGGGAUGCGGCGGCGGCGGCCGCAGCGGCGGCGGUGGCCGCGAAAAGAAUGCCUGCACUGCCAGGCACUGAGAGAGGCAUGACCACGGGCAACGCCAACACCAGCGUCAGCAGCGCCAGCACGGCCGCAGCCAAGGUUAGGGUGUCCUUCGGGGGACUAGAGGCGGGAACCGUAAACACCUGGGCCGGCGGCGGCGGCGGCCCAGAGGAGCCGGACCAACGAGACGGCAGCUCACACCACCGGAAAGGGGACCCCGCGGCUGCGAAGCACGGCACCAGCGCGGGGGGCACCGUCGUGUCUUUGAUGAAACGGGGCGCCACCGAGCGCCGCAGCAGUAACGGCAGCGACGGGACGCCCGGCGGCGGGAGCUCCGCAGUUCCAGGGGGCCCGGCAAAUGGAAACAGCGGGGUGGUCGGGGCGGGCGGUGCUGGGAAACCCCGGCGUCGGGCGCGGAGGGGGUCAAGGGGGGACGACUGCUCGAGGGGAUCUAUGGACACGCUGACGACGACGAGCGUCUCGACGGUUACAAGAGGCGUGGCCCUUCAGUGGAAACCCAGGCUGAAUGUAGAGCUGGGGAGCUUCGUGUACCCAAGCCUCAUGCUGGAGAAGUCCGCGUGUCUGCAGAUCGAUGCGCCUGCGGACAGCCUUGCCGGUGGAAGUCGGAGGCGGCUGGCGGAGGCAUCAGGCAGCAGCGGAAAUCUCAAGCUCGGCCGGCAACAGUCGAGGAGGAAAAAAUCGUUGGUUUCGGCCGUCGCGGGGGGAGGAGACGCCGGAGCACCUGAGGUGAAAACCCGUAACCCGAAAAGCCGAGGUGGAAGCGCAUCCGAUUCCAAGGCGACCCUUCCACCGCUCACUUGGGUUCUCAGCGCGGAACCAGAGCAGACCCCCUCGGGGUUGGUAACCUUCCAGUUUUCUCAGCCUCUUCAACGGGACGGGGGCAACGGCGGCAGCGUCACUUUUGAAAUGAACCGGGAGGACAGCAGCUGCAGCAACAGCAACCUCACGAUUGACACGGCGGGUGGCAACAGGGAAGGGGGCGUUUUGCCGAGUUGGCCUGGAGGGGAUGACCAGACCAGCCUUUGUUCCUCCAAGUUCUCCAACCGUUCGUUCGAAGACUGCCUGAGAGCGGGAGAGGGGAAGCUGCGGGACGAGAUACAUCGCCUUCACAAGGAGAUCCAGCAGAUAUCGGGGAACGACGCUAAGGACAUGAAGGGAGGCGGGGUACUCGCGGCCCAGACCCGACAGAUGAUGAUAAACGACAAGACGAGGGCGGCGGUGGCUCUCAUGUCUACGAAGAGCCGGGCCUCGGCAGUGCAGUACGACAAGCUCGUGAACCGGCCAGGCAAGGGUUGGGCGAGAGCAAACCGCAUCGUCUCCAAGAUGAAGAAGUCUGACCUCGACGAUAUCAAGAAGAAGGACAAGAUGGAGAUGCGAGAGGAGCUGAAGCGACUGGAGAAGGAAAGGCACGAGGAGGAAGAUAGGCGGAUCGCCAAGGAGUUCCAGGAGAUGCAGCAGAAGGCCAAGAUGGCCAACGGCAGGCUCAGACUCAAGCAGAUGGUUUCCGUCGAGGAAAAGCUCCUCGCGAAGGAAUCAUACUUCUCGCAGUUCCAGCAAACGGCGAGGACGAGGCAAGGGGGAUACUUUUCCGGCAGCGGUGGCGUCGCCGGUACGGAGGGAGGAAGAGGAGCACUAUCCAUGAUGGCGGACGGAUUCGGCGGCGGAAGCCCUUUCAACACGGCGAGAACAGGGUUGCGUCAGUCGACGUCGCCGCCCAGCAGCCGCGGCUCGAUCUCGUCCCCAGGCAGACCUGGCUCAGCGGGGGUGCAUCAGGCUCCCGAUGGCUCGAAAAGACAAGCUAUGGCCCGCGACGUGUUCAUCGUGGCCUGCCUUGAGCUGGGCCUGCAUCCCGACCUCUCCCGGGUGCAGUGGAACCUCGGGGGGAUCGACCUCUCCAACUUCGGCCUUGGGGACCAGCUAGCCGGCGCCCUCGCCGCAAGCAUGAAGCACAGUCCUCCUGAGAGCCUGGUGCUGCGCGACAACCGCAUGACGGAUGUGCCGCUUGGCGUCGUCAUCUCGGCUCUCGACGUCGACUCCCUCAUGAAGCUCGAUCUCUCCGAAAACAAGGUUGGGCCGAAGGCGAUGAAAACGCUGUGCUCGUUUCUCGAAGAUGGCUCAUGCUUGGAGACUCUGGUGCUGACGGCGACUCACCUCGGUGAUGCGGAGAUCGCUCCGUUGUGCGAGACGCUCAUGGACAAUGAUAUGCUGCUCUCGCUAAACUUGAGUCGCAACAAGCUCCGUUCCGCCGGGGCGUCGAGCCUGGCAAGCAUGCUGUCUUCCUCGGGCUGCGGGCUGCACGAGCUCGACAUUUCCUGGAACUGCUGCUCGGGGAAGGGGACCGUCGAGCUAGGGGAAGCUCUGAAGCGCCAAAGGACACUGAGGAAGCUCGAGCUAGCGUUCAACAGCUUCUCCGAGGACAGCACCAUUGCUCUCGCCAGCGCCCUUCUCGACAACCGGCAGCUCGCGUCGCUCGACUUGUCUUGGAACCGCAUUGGCGGGCGGCCCAGCCUCGCCCUGUCGCGCAUGCUCUGCCUCAACACCACGCUGAGGAAGCUCAACCUCAACGGAAACCCCCUCACGGAAACGGGCGGUCGGUCCAUCGUAAGGGUCCGGUAG